GCAGUCCCGACGCGCAUAGUUUCGAUUUGACUCCAAAUUCGUUCGUAAAUGCGUGCGUAACGUUAGUCCAUUUUUUCUACCCGGCAGGCGAACGACAAACAAAAAUACUAAUCUGUUUUUGCGUUUCCUAGCGGAAUGUUUGCUUACUGCGAUUAAUGAAUCUCUCUUUACGCGUCCGAGCGAAUACUGUACGCGAGGUAUUUGAGAAAUGGCAGAUUUGGACGCUCGGGAUAGAUGCUGUGCGUCCCGUGAUGGCGCUCGCUUCGGUUCUCUGUGUUCCUAUCGCUCUCUGACGAUCAGGCAGGAAAACAACAAAGAAGCAGGAAGCAUAUGGGCACACCGGCGAGGCGCUGUGAGAUCACGCCGCAAUUAGUUGUAACAGUUAAUUUAAAGUAAAAGGAUCCUAGAAAACUAGGAUUCUGUGCUUUGACCAAAUUAUCUCUGUUUGUGCUUGUUCUGUCAUUUUAAAAACAUUAAUCACAUGAUCAUAAUAAAUCAGCGGGACACCGUAUGAUUCUUCAAGCCUUCUGAUGGAUGCUGCCUAGAAGCCCUGUUUGAUUUUGUUGUGGUUAGUUUCGAAGAGUGGAGGAAGAAGGAUGUCAGAAUUCAUGCCAUACCCUUACAGAGGGCCAGGAGGUGCUUUGAUGCGCUUUAAGAAAAGAAAGUCACGUUUCACAUUCCAGGAGGUUGAACUGCUGCUCAGUGAGGUGCAGAAUAAACGACACAUUCUAGUCGGAAAGUUCAACCGGGGCAUUUCGAAGGAUCUGAAAAACCGCACAUGGGCGGAUGUGACAGCACGUAUCAACGAGGUCAGUGAGUGUCACCGAGAAAUUAUUGAAGUCAUCAAGAAAUGGGCAGACCUCAAAUGUGACACCAAGCGGAGGGUGGCCGCAAUGAGGGCAUCGGGAGCCACGGCCACCCAAAUCGCACAACAGCUCUCGCCUAUAGAAACCAUGGUACACCAGAUCCUUCAAAUGUCUAACCCUAACAAAAACAUGAGCGAUUUGGAAAUUGAUGACCAAAUGGAUGAUGAAGACGAGGACUUUUCUGGUCUCUCGGAGAUCCCACACAGCUCCUCACACAUGGCAAAUGGCAGGCCUCAUUCGUUUAGUUUGCCAAUGCCACCUCCUUUUCACACUACUAUCCCUUGCAAAAGUGAUACAGAGCUUCCUGCUCACAUGAUGUUCAGCAAUUCACCAGUGCCUCUAUCAGAUGUCCAGACUGACACACCAGGAAAGGAAGGCAGAAACAUGCAGUUUAUUCACCCAAGAAGCCAAGCAAACCAGAAUCCAGUUGGUAUUCCUGUAUUCCUGAGCCGUCCUAUUGCUGAGAAGAGCCAAGUUCGAGAGAGACCUAAUCACAACACAUUUAAUGGCCCCUCAUCUUCCAGUAUCCCAACAUUUAUUGCACCUUCUACGGCUGCCUCAUCAUCACCACGUUCAGCUCCUGCUCGGCUCCCUCCCCAACCUGCUCAUGUGGAGCCUCGCAGUCUGCAGGAACAUUUAUCCCAGAGUGCCUCGCUCAGCCUGCAGGAACAGCAGGCCACCACACUGCUGAUAGGGUCGCUGUCUCACUCACUGGAGUCGCUCACGAAGUCUGUGCAGAGAUUGGUCCACACCCAGCAGCAGUUUUCACGUGACACCUUACAGCUGCAGCGUGACACGCUCCACGUCCUGCGUGACUUCUCCACCAACGCCUUGACUCUCCUGCAGGACAAGGUCAACGGACAUCCAUAGCUCCUGAACGUGGCAAUGUUACUGAAAGUUACAUUUGAGAGCAAGUUACAAAAAAACAGUGAAUGCUGAUAACAGAGAAAAAACAAUAAGCUUGAUAGCUGGAUAUAUUGACACUAGAGUAUAUGGCAAUCUUUAAAUAUCUAAAUCGCUAAAGAUUUCCCUGUUUAUAACAUAAUAACCAAAAUAGGAUCUUUGUAGAGUUAUCGACUGAAUAUUUUCAGUAGACGGCUGGGUCUCAUAGACUGUUUGGACCAAUCAUGUGCUAUUAUACAGGUAAUUUAAAUGGGCAAAAAUGUAUUUAAAAAUUGACUGCUAAUUUAAGAUAAUUAUAUUUGUGGUGCUCUUUAACAUAUUGCAAUGUGGCUAUUAAAUUGGCCGUUUUUAAUUUAUGUAAUCUUAUUUUUAUUUUACUUUUCUUUAUUUAGCUUUGCUAUUCUGAUGGUUCACCUUGCUUUUAAAUCAGUUUCUGGCUCAAGCAUUGCUUAACAGACCUGCUGUUCAUGUUUGUGAUCUUUUAGCUGUUUUUAGUUGUUUAUCUUAACUUCAACUUCCAAAGACUCAUUAUUGUGUUUUAUUUUUCCUCUAGAUGUGAUUUUAAAUUCUGACUGAAGGCACAUUAUCUUAGCUGUAGCUCCUACGGAUCUGUGGUUGUUCUCCCAGAAAUGAAAAGUCAGCACAUUGUUAAAAAAAAAAAGUCUCCUACUUUAAAACCCAAAUGUAAAGGAUGAAAAUAAAACAUAUAAUUUGAAAUAA